AUCCAGUAAUCGGCUGACAUACACAGAUUGUGUAUGAGCGAGCGAGAGAGAGUGCGAGCUAGCAGAUAAGCGGUCUAUAUUCCAUUGAGUCUCAGCAUCAAGAUCUACAUCCAACCAUGGCUCUAGACAAUGAGACACACUUCAUCCUCACCACCGUGGUCUGCUCCAUCGUGGCUUUCCUUGUGCUGACUUGUCUGUGCUAUUUCACCUGUAGGCUGGCAGGGACUAGUCCCAAAGUACUGGAACUGUUCUAAAAUCAAGAUACAAGUUCGUGGCGGAUAGUCCGGCCCCGAGGAGCGAAGAUGGUGGUGAAACUAUGGAUAUUGUUGCUGGUUGUUGAACUCUCCUCAUGCAGCUCCUUCCCAGAGAGAGAAAAGAAUCCAGAUUACUGGCGGGAUCAAGCCCAGCAAACCUUGAAACGAGCUCUGGACCUUCAGAAACUAAACACCAAGGUUGCAAAGAAUGUCAUCAUGUUCCUUGGCGACGGUAUGGGGGUACCAACUGUGACUGCUACUCGUAUCCUUAAAGGACAGCUUGAUGGACAGCCUGGAGAAGAAACUGAACUGGAAAUGGAUAAGUUUCCAUAUGUGGCUCUUGCAAAGACAUACAACACCGAUGCACAGGUAGCGGACAGUGCUGGCACUGCCACAGCCUACUUGUGUGGGGUGAAAGCCAAUGAGGGCACAGUGGGUGUGAACGCAGCAGCUGUACGCGGGCUGUGCAAUACUACCAAGGGCAACGAAGUGGACUCCAUCCUAAAAUGGGCCAAAAAUGCAGGGAAAUCAGUUGGUGUAGUUACAACUACAAGAAUCAACCAUGCCACCCCCAGCGCAGCAUAUGCCCACUGUGUUAACCGGGAUUGGUACUCAGAUCACGAAAUGCCCAAUGAUGCCAUCACCCAGGGCUGUAAGGACAUUGCCUGGCAGCUCUUCAAUAACAUUCCCAAUAUCGAUGUGAUCAUGGGUGGUGGAAGGAAGUACAUGUUUCCCCUAAACACCCCAGACGUGGAGUAUCCUGAAGACCCCAAGGCAAACGGCUCACGGCAUGACGGUUUGAAUUUGACCAAAGUCUGGCUGGAUAAUAAACCCAACAAACAGGCAGCACGCUAUGUCUGGAACCGGGAUCAGUUAAUGGCACUUAGACCGCAGGAUGUGGAUUACCUUCUCGGAUUGUUUGAACCCAUGGAUAUGGUUUAUGAAUUGGAACGAAAUAAGUCAACAGACCCAUCUCUGACAGAAAUGGUAACAAUGUCCAUGAAUAUCCUGAAGAAAAAUCCCAGAGGCUUCUUCCUGCUCGUGGAAGGAGGCAGAAUUGACCAUGGUCACCAUGAAGGAAAGGCAAAACAGGCCCUACAUGAGGCAGUGCAGAUGGACAUUGCCAUCGGUGUUGCCAGCACCAUGACCCGAGAAGAAGAUACACUGACUGUCGUCACGGCGGAUCACUCCCAUGUUUUUACCUUCGGUGGAUACACACAUCGAGGGAACCCCAUCUUUGGUUUAGCGCCAUCUCCAAGUGAUAUCGACCAGAAACCAUUUACUUCAAUCCUCUAUGGCAACGGUCCUGGCUACAAAAUGGUGGAUGGCUCACGGGAAAAUGUUUCUACAGUGGAUUUCACUCAAAACAACUACCUGGCGCAGUCUGCAGUACCUCUGAAAAGUGAGACACAUGGUGGGGAGGAUGUGGCAGUCUUUGCCAAGGGUCCAAUGGCACAUCUUCUACAUGGCGUUCAUGAACAGAAUUACAUCCCUCACGUUAUGGCAUAUGCUGCAUGCAUCGGCCAGAAUGAAGACCACUGCUCAUCAGCCAGUGGAAGUAAAAGCCUGCCAGCCUCCAUGAUCCUGGUCUCCACACUGGUAUCCAUUCUAACACUUCAACUCUUGUUUUAAGAAUGGAAACACAAGAUCAGGUCCAAAGAAGAUCUACCUCUUCGUAGAGACAGCAGAGCCAUAGGAGUCAUCUUUGCCUAGAACCUACAGACUAAAGGCUUUGGUUGCUCUGACUAUUUGUAUUGGCUGUUAAGUGUCCAACAAUAUUGGUUACACACAAUAAGUUCUCAUGGGCAACCUUGGCAAGACUGGCAUAGUUUUUCCAUUCCAACAUGCGGUUAAAGAAUUAAGGACACAUGACAUGUGUGACAUGUCAUGAUUCCCUUUUAUUCCAGAAGUUUGGUCCUUAAGGGGUUAAAGAAUUAAGGAUGGCCAUUUAAUCAGAUUUAUUUACCCCAGUUCAGUGUCAAAUAACUAUUAGCAAUGUACAAGUUGGAAAUGGAUAUUUAUUCCCACUACAUUUGAAACCAUACUGUGGGAAAAAAAUAAAAAUAUAUAACUUGCCCAAAAAUUACAUAGGACAAAGGGACUGUCCGUGACAAAUAAUGUGGGUGAUAUACAGGUUUUAAAACUACAUGGUGAAUGUCUACCUGUAUACGCGUGGUGUGAUAUCAACAGCAAAUGUUAACCAGAGGAGCAAUUCAAGAUUGCUGCUGCCACAGACCAACAUACAUCUUCCAUCUCCUUAACUAGUUUGUUACCAACAGGUAUUUAACAAGUGUGGUAUUAUUCAAUUCAAAAUCAGUAUCUAUACAUUUGCCGACGUUAUCUUGAGAUAUGGCAGUAACCAUGUUAAAGAUUAUUUAAGGACCAGCACACUCUUGUCACGGUCCUGUGUGGGUUUAACUUUGUAAAUCUUCCCACACAGACAUGAUGACAAACUAAUCUCAGGAACCCAUUUUUUGGUGGGAUUCACCAAACUCCAUGCAGAGAGAAAAAAAAAUCCUA